AUGUCCAUUUCUGCCGAUGAAGUGAAGGAGAAACAGCUCGUGGAAAAGGUCGAAUUGCGCCUGGCGAUUGCUGACUCCCCUCACAAGUUCGAAACCAACCUACACACCUUUUUGCCGCCGUUGCUGUUGAAGCUGGCGUCCCCGCACGCCUCCGUCAGAACAGCGGUGUUUUCUGCUCUGAAGAGCCUUAUUUCUAGGAUAAACACGCUGCCCCAGGUCCAGCUGCCCGUGCGGGCGCUUAUCGUCCAGGCGCAAGAGCCCAAUUUAGCCGCUCAUCAAGACUCCACCAGUGUUCGUCUCUACAGCUUGUUGUUGGCCUCGAAGGGUAUAGACAGGCUCUCCGUGCAAGAUAAGCAGCUGUUGCUGCCCCUGGUCGUAUCAAACAUUGCGACGCUCACGGGCACGGUAGCCGCCAGGAUGUUCCAUAUUCUUUUGAAGCUUAUUCUGGACUGGGUCGCACCACAGGACUCGUCGCGUGAGCAAGAGGAGUUUGUGGAGCUUCUGCAACUGGACGACGUCAGCUUCGCGUUUUUGAUGCGCCAGUUCACCAACUUUUUCCUCCUGGUGCCCUCGAAGCAGCCGCAGGCCUCGCAACAGCCUCUGUCGAGGGGGUAUACGUGUCCAGGGCUGUCCCUCACAGAUGUUGCGUUCUUCACGUAUGAUGCGGGUGUUAAUUUCAACAAGGAUCAGCUGCUCAAGUUUAAAAAUGCGAUUUUCCGGUUCGUUUGCCACGGGAUGGCGGCAGUUAAUCGUGAUAAGCAACCACCCAAGGACACCGAACUGAUGAAGUUUCUGUGCGUAGCCUCUACCGAUUCCUCUACUUUGUCUGAUUCCGCGGCACAGUUUAUGAAACGGUUUGCUGUGCCGUACGAGAACCAAGAGUUCGUCGCGUUCUUACAAUCGAUGUACAUUGGCGACAAUGCCAAGGGGAGAUCACCCGUCAAGCCUGCCUUGCAGGAAAAAAUCCUGUCCAUCUUGAAUAAGAGUCACGUCGCUACCACCAGCCCAGAACGCAUCUCUUUAAUUUGCUCCAUUGGGUUGCAUUCAUCUGAAUACAAGCUAAGGUCUUUGACGCUUUCGUUCAUUCGUCACGUCGCAAAAUUGAACUACCAAAACUUACACCCUCUUUCCUCCUCUUCCUCCUCCUCCCCCUUGUCAUCGUCGACUGAUUUUUCCACGAGUAUUGUUUCCUUAGUCAGAAACAAUCUUCACGCAGAGGGUUGGCCCAGGCUACAGUUGGGACCUCAAACCCCCGCCUUCAAUACGGCCAUUUCGCAGAGACAGCUACAGUACGAAACUCUGGGAGAUAUCUUGAAAAGAGAUUUUGACCUGGUAAGAGACUUGUCCUAUAUCGAAUUCUUAUUCGAAUCCUUACAAGGUGACUUACCACAAUUCCGCUCCAGCAUUCAAGAGUCUCUGCUUUCUUUAGUUGUUCAUUUGCCAAACCUACCUCCUCAAUCCAAAGCAAAUUUGAAGACUCUCCUCAAGAAAAACUUUUCUAUUGAUGAGCAACAGGAAGAAGGUAAUAAUGACGCCAUUAACUCUAUUAUGGCGCUUAAAUUUGUCUCUAUAAAAUUCACUAAUGCCGCAUUUUCCUUYGAUGACCCUGAGGCAAGAUUGUUCAAUCUUUGGGGUACCGCGAGGACAAAUAGAUUCGAUAUUAUUGAGGAGUCGUUUAAGGGGCUGCAGCCUUUCUGGUUCAGAAUCAACAACGCAUCAUUGAACACUUCGUCGAUUGUAAAAACAUCUGAUUUGUUGGGCUCGCAAGUGUCGGAGACAAAAUUUCCUCAAUUCGGUGAAUUUAUUCGCAUUUUUAUCAAGCAUUUGGAUUCUGAGUUUUCAUUGAUUACACGCAAAUCUCUGAAUAACACUGUUAGAUUUAUCAAACAAUGUCUCAUAUCAAAUGCAAUUUAUGGCAAAAAAACAAUGGUAAUUCAAGAUGAAGACUGGUCAAUUAGAAUAGAUAAAGCUUUGGAACUAGACGAAACGGUUACUUCACAAGUGAAUGGAAUGGUUCAGACGAUAAAUGAUGAUAUAUUCAUUCGCUUUUUAACUCUUUUGGUAAAUGAAUUUACCAUUACGAACCGUAAUGGUGAACAGGUUGCGGUUUCUCCAUACCAGGAUCCCAUUUUCGGUUCCGUUUUAUUGACGUUAUUGAAUUUUGUAAACAGCAAUGUUUUGCAAAAACUAGAAAGUAUAGUUCCAGAUCUAUACCAUUUACUCAUUACAAAAUUUCAAUCAUCAAGUGAUAAUGAUUUAGAAGUCUGUGCAAGCAUCAUCGGUAUCGUUUCCACCGCCAUUGUAGAUUCUGUUCAUAUCGAACAGAUUACAAGUAUAGCCGAAUCACAAACACUUGCAGAAACUUAUGUUGCCUCUUACGUUGUUCCAAGAUUAUACUUAAAGAACAAAACAGCCCGUAUCCAAGAAACUAAUGUUGUGAAUCUGUUGAAGAACUUGGAAUCCCAUCUAUCCCACUCCACUACUAAUAAAAGUAUGAUAUUGAAGCUAAUUUGUCAAGUAACUAAAUUUGGUUUACUUCUCCAAGUGAAUACCCAAGAACGGAAAACAUUUUUGUCCCAAAUUAUGAAUACAAUACAAGAUAAAUUAAUUAAUGAUGUGACUGCUAUUCAAACGUGGUCAUAUUUAUCUUUAUAUUCAAACAAUCUAGACAAUUCCGAUUUUUUCCAAGAAAAGCUACUCGAAACGCACGUUUCCAAACAAAAUGAUUUUUUGUUUUCAGUAGGUGAAUCGUUAACUGUAUUGGCUGGUAAGUGGUCAAGUAAGUACCUAAUCAAGCAGGUUGAUAUUCCAAAUUUCGAUGUUACGACUAUUCAGGAAGAUUUUCCACCUACAAACGUCACCACCAUACUCAAUGAAAUUUUAUCAGGUUGUGAUUCCACAAAACCUUCCUUAAGAAAGGCAUCUUGUAUUUGGUUGUUAUCAUACAUCCAAUACUUGGGUCACUUGCCGGAAAUAAUAUCCAAAUGUAAUGACAUCCAUUUAAGAUUUAUGAGAUUCUUAGCUGAUAGGGACGAAUUUAUUCAGGAUUCUGCCGCAAGGGGGCUUUCGCUAAUAUAUGAAAUCGGUGGAUCUGAUCUGAAGGAAAGUAUGGUUAAGGGGCUACUCAAAUCGUUCACGGAUUCAACCACGGGUGCUGCAUCCACCAGUGCUACAGGUGUCUCGGGUUCAGUGUCAGAAGAGACCGAAUUAUUUGAACCUGGUGUUCUAAACACUGGCGAUGGGUCCAUUAGUACUUAUAAAGAUAUUUUAAACCUGGCAUCUGAAGUUGGUGACCCAGCACUUGUUUACAAAUUCAUGUCUUUGGCCAAGAGUUCGGCCCUAUGGUCAUCAAGAAAAGGUAUUGCAUUCGGUCUUGGUGCCAUCAUGUCCAAAUCUUCUCUAGAAGAAUUAUUGAUAAAGGAUCAACAAACCGCCAAAAAAUUAAUUCCAAAACUGUAUAGGUAUAGAUUUGAUCCAUACCAAUCAGUUUCACGUUCCAUGACAGACAUUUGGAAUACACUGAUUGCCGAUUCCUCUUCCACGAUUUCUCUUUAUUUCGAUGAUAUUCUAGAAGAACUUUUAACUGGCAUGGCCAAUAAAGAGUGGAGGGUCAGAGAGGCAAGUACCUCGGCUUUGUUACAAUUGGUUCAAUCUCAACCACAAGAAAAAUUCUCUGACCAGAUGCUGAAAAUUUGGACAAUGGCAUUUAGAACCAUGGAUGAUAUCAAAGACAGUGUUCGUGAAGUUGGUACCAAAUUUACGACUGUGUUGUCUAAAAUAUUAGCGAGAUCCAUUGAUGUGGAAAAGGGUGUGAACCCUGCCAAGUCCAAGGAAAUUCUAGACAAUAUCCUACCAUUUCUUUUGGGACCACAUGGUUUAAACAGUGACGCUGAAGAAGUUAGGAAUUUUGCUCUCACCACCUUAAUUGACCUGGUGAAAAACUCCCCCGGUGCCAUCAAACCAUUUACCCCAGGUCUGGUCUAUGAUUUUAUCACAUUAUUUUCUUCCAUUGAACCUCAAGUAAUCAACUAUCUCGCAUUAAAUGCAGCAAAUUAUAAUAUUGAUGCUAAUGUUAUUGAUACGCAAAGGAAAAAUGGUGUUACUAGCUCACCGUUAUUUCAAACAAUUGAAAAAUUGAUUUCCAAUUCAAAUGAUUGUAUGAUGGAAGAUAUAAUAAAUGUAGUUAUCAAAGCCGCCAAAAAAUGUGUCGGGUUGCCAUCUAAGGUGGCAUCAUCACUUGUUAUUAUUCUUCUAGUGAAAAGAUAUUCUAUUCAAAUGAGAGGAUACUCUGGGAAGCUAUUGAAAGUUUGCAUGACUAUGUUUGAAGAUAGGAAUGAGUCCGUUAAUAUCACAUUUGCCAUUACCAUGGGAUAUUUGUUCAAAAUUUCGGCGCUGGACAAAUGUGUCAAGUAUUCUGAAAAACUGGCUGCCAAAUACUUCGAGUCAACAUCAACGGAAAAUAACAAGAAAAUUGUCGGCACAGCAAUUGAUUCAAUUUUAAAUUAUGCAAGGUCAGACUUUGAUAAUGUGGCAAGUAUAUUCAUGCCUCUGAUUUUCAUUGCAUGUAAUGAUGAGGAUAAAGAUUUGGAAUCUCUAUACAAUAAGAUUUGGACGGAAGCGUCCGGUUCAGGUGCCGGUACCGUUAAGCUAUUUCUGCCGGAGAUUUUAAACAUACUCUCCAUAAAUAUCAAAUCAAACGACCAUGUCAUUAGGAAAACAUGUGCUAAAUCUGUUAUACAAUUAUGCGGUAAAAUUGAUGAAAACAUUCCUCAUGAGCAGAUUGUUAAACUAUUUGAUAUCUCGAAGGAAGCACUAAGUGGUAGAUCAUGGGAUGGUAAAGAGCAUAUUGUGGGUGCAAUGGUUUCAUUGACGAAAAAAUUUUCUCAGACUGUGAUUGGUGAUACUGACUUACAAAAUUCAAUUAAUGAUGUAAUGCGAACCGAAAUUUCAAGGAAAAACGAGAAAUACACUAAAAAAAUAUUACCGCUAUAUGCUAAGUACGUUAGUGUAAAUCCGCAAGAUGCAACGAUCGUACUAUUAAUGGAAAAAUCCAAAGAGACGAUUAGAUCCUUAGGCAAUGAAUCUGCUGAUGAUGAAGAUUCCACCAGACAUGCAUCUGAUGAAACCGCAAUAAAAAGAAUCAAACCCAACACUGACAUUACACAAAAGUCGUCUAAGCAGAACAUCGAGAACGAAGAGUACGUGAUCAAUUUGUUAAAGGUCAUUGUCGAUGUGUGUAACAAUUCUAAAUCGAAGUAUCCGAUGAAUUUAUUAGAAUUCGUACUGAACGAAAUCGCUUACCUCUUCCACAACGACAAGAUCAUUUACACAUGGAGAACGCAACUGGCUGCGAGUGAGAUUGGCAUUUCGAUAGUUGGUAAAUUCAAUACGAUCAGUAGCACCGAUUUCAUAAAGAAUGUGAAAGAACUAUGGAACGAAAUUUUCCAAAUGAACUGUAACAAAGAAACCGUUGAAAAUGUUAAAUUGCAAAUGAUAAAACUUGGUGGUUUGAUUAUUCAGAAAAUCCCCAUCAUACAAAACAAUAUCGAAGAGAAUUUAAGGCAGUUGAAUUCGAUAGAUUCAACAAGCAGAAUUGAAUUGGAAUUGAAGAAUAUUGGUCUAUGA